GUCAUCGCGGUGCGCCGGCGGGGCGGGGCGGGCGGCAUGGCGGCGGGCGGCGCGGAGCGGUACUUUACGCGCUGGUACAAGCCAGACGUGAAGGGGCGGCCGUGCGAGGACUUCUGCGUGCUGCAGCACUCCAACAGAAUCUGUGUCAUCACCUUGGCAGAAGCCCAUCCUCUUCUUCAAAGUGGAAAAACAAUUAAAAGCAUUAAUUACCAAAUCAGUGCCAACUGUAGCAGACUCCAGAAUAAGGUCUCUGGGAAGUCAAAAAGGGGAGCUCAGUUUUUAACAGAACUCGCCCCUCUGUGCAGGAUAUCUUCAUCAGAUGGAGAGGAAUACACUAUUUAUAGGCAAGGUUUUUCCCUUUUUUCUUCUUACCUUGACAUACCAUGCACUUCGACUGAAUCUAAACACUUUUGCAGUUGUAUACGAGGGCGACUGAUAGAAGUGAAUGAAAACAUUCUUAGUAAUCCCACUAUUCUGCAAGAAAAGCCAUCAACUGAGGGAUACAUCGCAGUGGUUCUACCCAAAUUUGAAGAAAGCAAGAGUAUAACUCAAGGACUUCUGACGCAGAAGGAGUACGAGGAAGUUUUGUUGAAACGUCUUAAUUCUUCUUCAUGAAAUUAAUUAUACAGUUAUCUGUAUUUGAUACUAAAUAAGCUACUUCUAUUGUACACUGUAACUUUCAUGGUAUUGAAAGGCCUAGAGCCUGUUUUUAAAAGUGGAACUUAAACACUUGAUUCAUACAAGAAUAAACCAGUUCAAAUAGUUUGUAUAUUAAAA